GAACACGACUCAGCAGAUUCAGUCCGAUCACGACUGUCAACCGGUUCGGAACUGUGUUUAGAGGCUCUUUUCAAAGAGACGCUUGCGCCACGUGUUUUGUGGAAAUUUACUGUUUUCGUGCCAUUCCGUAACAUUUAGAGACUAUUUCUCCACUAGAUUUGUGAAGAGUGAUUUGUCGAACGUAGUGAUAUAAGUUUAAGUGCCAAAUUUUGUGUGUGUUUCGUGUUUUUGCGAAAAACAUUGUACCAUUGUGCGUAGGUGUAGGAUUACCUGUAGAACAUUUAAAAUCUAUCGUUUAUAACGUGAGGUGGGAACGAUUAAAACCAUGCCGGCAACUUUGGUUUUGGAAGAUGGGACAGUUGUGCACGGUGAGAGUUUCGGUGCGGAAGUGGAUUCCGACGGGGAGGUGGUGUUUCAGACGGGAAUGGUCGGUUAUCCGGAAUCGAUGACCGAUCCGUCCUAUCAUGAGCAGAUUCUGGUGCUCACCUAUCCGUUGAUCGGGAACUACGGAAUCCCGGAUGAGGACCUGGAUGAGCGUGGACUGAUGUUGCACUUUGAGUCGAACAAUAGGAUUUGGACGUCCGGAUUGGUGGUGGGAGAGAUUUGCGAGACUCCGUCUCAUUGGAGAAGCAAGCUGACGCUGUCGCAGUGGAUGGCGAAGCACCGGGUACCGGGGAUCAGUGGAGUCGAUACCCGAGCGCUGACCAAGAAGAUUCGGGAGAAUGGGACGAUUUUGGGAAAAAUCGUCCAAGGCCACGUUGCCAGUGCCGCCGGUAUCGUCUUUCAAAACCAGAACCUACGCAAUCUGGUGGCGGAGGUUUCGUUGGCCAAGUCGGUCACCUACAACGAAGGCGGUUCACCUCGCAUCUGUGCCAUCGACUGCGGUCUCAAGUUGAAUCAGGUUCGGUGUUUCGUCAACCGUGGAGCUCGCGUCGACGUUGUACCGUGGAAUGCUAAGCUCAAUCCGGAGAACUACGAUGGUCUGUUUUUGAGCAACGGUCCGGGAGAUCCACUGAUGUGUAAGGAUACCGUUGCAAACAUCCGGCAGCUGCUGGGGGAGGGAUCGGUAGUAAAGCCGAUCUUCGGAAUUUGCCUUGGUCAUCAGCUGUUGUCUACGGCGGCGGGUUGUAAGACGUACAAGAUGAAGUACGGUAACCGUGGUCAUAACUUGCCGUGCAUUCACAAAGGAACUAAGCGGUGUUUCAUGACAUCGCAGAAUCACGGUUUCGCGGUGGAUGCCUCCCGCUUACCUACUGGAUGGGAGGAGUUAUUCACGAACAUCAACGAUCACACGAACGAGGGAAUCGUACAUAACAGUAAACCGUACUUCUGUGUCCAGUUUCAUCCGGAGCAUACCGCGGGCCCGGAAGACUUGGAAGUUUUGUUUGAUGUGUUUUUGGACACGGUGAAGGAGUUCAAGGCCACUGGAGCGGAUAAGAUGACUGUGAAGGAACGGCUGAAUGAGGCUUUGGCAUACCGACCCCAGCGGGAGAUUGACACGAGUCGACCUAAAAAGGUGUUGAUUUUGGGAUCGGGAGGUCUGUCGAUCGGUCAGGCCGGUGAGUUUGACUACUCGGGAUCGCAAGCGAUCAAGGCGUUGAAGGAGGAGCGAAUCCAAACGGUGUUGAUCAAUCCCAACAUUGCGACGGUGCAGACUUCGAAGGGUUUGGCGGAUAAGGUAUACUUUCUUCCGCUGACUCCGAACUAUGUGGAGCAGGUGAUCAAAGCCGAAAGACCCGGUGGAGUGCUGCUCACUUUUGGAGGACAAACGGCGUUGAAUUGUGGAAUUGAACUGCAGAGGGCAGGUAUUUUCGACAAAUACAAUGUUAAAAUUAUGGGAACGCCAAUCAUUUCGAUUAUUGAGACCGAAGAUCGGAAGAUCUUCGCGGAACGAGUUGCCGAGAUCGGAGAAAAGGUAGCUCCGUCGGAUGCGGUUUACUCGGUUCAGGAAGCUCUUGUGGCGGCAGAAAAGAUCGGUUAUCCGGUGAUGGCCAGGGCGGCGUUUGCUCUUGGUGGUCUUGGGUCAGGGUUCGCCAACAAUCGGGAGGAGUUGAAGGUGCUUUCUCAGCAGGCUCUCGCCCACUCGAAUCAGCUGAUCAUUGACAAGUCGCUCAAGGGAUGGAAGGAAGUCGAAUACGAAGUCGUUCGUGAUGCAUACGACAACUGCAUCACCGUGUGUAACAUGGAAAACGUCGAUCCGUUGGGAAUCCAUACGGGUGAGAGUAUCGUGGUAGCUCCUUCGCAAACUCUUUCCAAUCGCGAAUACAAUAUGCUCCGUACUACGGCAAUCAAGGUCAUUCGUCACUUUGGAGUCGUCGGUGAGUGCAACAUUCAGUACGCUUUGAAUCCAUUCUCCGAGGAGUACUACAUCAUCGAGGUGAACGCUCGUCUAUCUAGAAGCUCUGCCCUCGCUAGUAAGGCCACCGGAUACCCUCUGGCUUAUGUAGCAGCGAAGCUUGCGCUGGCGAUUCCCCUUCCGGAGAUCAAAAAUUCAGUAACCGGAGUCACGACGGCAUGCUUCGAGCCUAGUUUGGAUUACUGCGUAGUGAAGAUGCCCCGCUGGGAUCUGGCCAAGUUUGCGAGAGUCAGCAAGCAUAUCGGUAGUUCAAUGAAGAGUGUCGGUGAAGUGAUGGCAAUUGGUCGAAAGUUUGAAGAAGCUUUUCAGAAGGCCCUUCGAAUGGUGGACAAUGUGAAUGGAUUUGAUCCGUACUUGAAAGAGGUCAACGAGCAGGAGUUGAAACAACCAACGGAUAAGCGAAUGUUCGUUCUGGCUGCAGCAUUGAGAAAAGGUUACACGGUAGAUGAGAUCUACGAGCUGACGCAGAUCGAUCGAUGGUUCUUGGUGAAAAUGAAGAACAUCAUCGAUUUUGGGCAGAAAUUGGAAGAAUCGUCGGUACUCCCGGAGAAAGACAUGUUGCUGGAGGCGAAAAAGAUUGGUUUUUCGGACAAGCAGAUUGCGGAGUUGAUCAAGAGUACGGAGUUGGCGGUACGCAUGCAGCGCAAGGAAACGGGAGUCUUACCGUUUGUGAAGCAGAUUGAUACGGUAGCUGGAGAGUGGCCAGCAUCUACAAAUUACCUAUACAUGACAUACAACGCGACCGAAAACGAUAUCGACUUUCCUGGUCAGUACACGAUGGUGAUUGGAUCCGGGGUCUACCGGAUUGGAAGUUCGGUAGAGUUCGAUUGGUGCGCAGUGGGUUGUCUGCGUGAGUUGAGAAACCUCGGCAGAAAGACAAUCAUGGUCAACUACAAUCCGGAGACGGUCAGCACGGAUUACGACAUGUGCGAUCGUUUGUACUUUGAAGAGAUUUCCUUCGAAGUGGUCAUGGACAUCUACGAUGUGGAACAACCUGAUGGCAUCAUCCUAUCGAUGGGCGGUCAACUGCCGAACAACAUUGCCAUGGAUCUCCACCGUCAGCAGGCGAGAAUUCUGGGAACAUCUCCAGAGUCGGUUGAUGGAGCGGAAAAUCGAUUCAAGUUCUCCCGUAUGUUGGACAGAAAAGGUAUCCUACAGCCCCGCUGGAAGGAACUAACAAACCUUCAAUCGGCGAUCGAGUUCUGCGAAGAAGUGGGCUACCCUUGUCUGGUGCGUCCGUCGUAUGUCCUCUCCGGAGCAGCAAUGAACGUUGCCUACUCCAAUCAGGAUCUGGAAACGUACCUUAAGCACGCCUCUGACGUGAGUAAAGAACAUCCAGUGGUGAUCUCGAAGUUCUUAGUCGAAGCCAAAGAGAUCGAUGUGGAUGCCGUUGCCGCCGAUGGAGAGAUUCUGUGCAUGGCCGUAUCCGAACACGUCGAAAAUGCGGGUGUCCACUCGGGAGACGCUACGCUGAUGACACCACCGCAGGACAUCAAUGCCGAAACGUUGGAACGGAUUAAGCAGAUCACGCGGGACAUUGCAGCUCUGCUGGAUGUCAGUGGACCGUUCAACAUGCAGUUGAUUGCGAAGAAUAACGAACUAAAGGUGAUCGAGUGUAACGUGCGGGUAUCUCGUUCGUUCCCGUUCGUGUCCAAGACGUUGAACCACGAUUUUGUCGCGAUGGCAACGAAAGUGAUUGUCGGAUUGAGUGUGGAACCGGUCGAUGUGCUGCACGGGUGUGGAAAGGUGGGCGUUAAGGUUCCGCAGUUCAGUUUUUCACGACUGGCCGGGGCCGAUGUGAUGUUGGGUGUGGAGAUGGCUUCCACCGGAGAGGUGGCAUGCUUCGGAGAUAAUCAGUAUGAGGCGUACCUGAAGGGGAUGAUGUCGACUGGGUUCCAGAUUCCGAAACGGGCGAUUCUGCUGAGUAUUGGAAGUUUUAAACACAAAAUGGAACUGUUGCCGAGCAUCCGUAUACUGCAUAAGAUGGGCUACAAACUGUACGCGUCAAUGGGGACGGGAGAUUUCUACACCGAGCAUGGGGUUGAUGUAGAGUGUGUUCAAUGGACUUUCGAUGCGGCCCUUACCAGCGGAGAGGAAAAUGUAGGGGUUGGAGAGCUGCAACAUUUGGCGGAGUUUUUGGCCAACAAGCAAUUCGAUAUGGUGAUCAAUCUACCGAUGAGGGGCGGUGGAGCUCGAAGGGUGAGUUCCUUCAUGACGCAUGGCUACAGAACGCGACGGUUAGCGGUGGAUUACUCCAUUCCGCUUGUUACGGACGUCAAAUGUACGAAACUGCUGGUGGAAGCCAUGCACCGGAUUGGACGGGCUCCACCGAUGAAAACGCACACGGAUUGCAUGUCAUCGAAGACGAUGGUCAAGCUACCGGGCUUCAUCGAUGUGCACGUUCAUUUGCGGGAGCCAGGGGCGACCUACAAGGAGGACUUUAGCUCGGGAACCGCAGCCGCUUUGGCGGGUGGAAUAACUUUAGUUUGCGCUAUGCCUAAUACGAACCCACCAAUCGUAGACAGACAAAGCUUCCAACUAUUCCAGGAUCUUGCGCAGAAGGGAGCUCGAUGUGAUUAUGCUCUCUUCGUCGGAGCUUCUUCCACCAAUUUCUCGACCAUCAACGAACUGGCUCCGCAAGCCGCAGCUCUGAAAAUGUAUCUGAACCAGACGUUCACUACCUUGAAACUGAAUGACAUGCUCGUUUGGCAGAAGCAUUUGUCCAACUGGCCAAAACGAGCUCCGCUUUGCGUCCACGCUGAACGUGAAUCAACCGCCGCUAUAAUCCUUCUGGCUUCGCUCGUUGAUCGACCGAUCCACAUUUGCCACGUGGCACGAAAGGAGGAAAUAAUGAUCAUCAAAGCAGCGAAGGAACGCGGCAUAAAGAUCACUUGUGAAGUUUGUCCGCAUCACCUGUUCCUCUCCACCAACGAUUUGGACCGAAUUGGUCGUGGCAAGGCGGAAGUUCGUCCGGUUCUUUGUAGCCCGGAGGAUCAACAGGCUCUGUGGGACAAUUUAGAUGUCAUCGAUGUCUUUGCCACCGAUCAUGCGCCUCACUCAAAGCAAGAAAAGGAAUCCGAAAACCCUCCACCGGGAUUCCCCGGAGUUGAAACCAUUCUUCCGCUGCUGCUGAAUGCCGUCAACGAAGGUCGGCUCUCCGUGGAAGAUUUGAUAGCCAAAUUCUACAAGAACCCCCGUAGAAUUUUCAGCCUUCCGGAGCAACCGAACACCUACGUGGAGGUCGAUUUCGACGAAGAGUGGGUCAUCCCGGAAUGUCCACCGCAAUCCAAAGCCCGCUGGACACCGUUUGCCGGAAUGAGGGUCAAGGGACGCAUCCAUCGGGUGGUUCUUCGUGGGGAAACCGCUUUCGUAGACGGUGUCGUGCUGGUUAAUCCCGGCUACGGGCAGAACGUUCGCGAAUGGCCUCUGAAGAAGCCUACCGUGGCCCCAUCGGUCGAAAAAAUCAACACUUCACUGGAUGGACUGGAUCUGUUGUCGAUUACGAAAUCCCUGGACACCACCCGUCAACCAGCGGACUUUUGGGACACGGAUGGGCAUACGAACGAUGUGUUCAGCAAACUGCUGGCCGGAGGUGAAUCCAACAAAGCACAUGUGCCGCUUGGCGAUUCGCAGAUGAGACCAUUCUCACCGAUGCCCCGGGUGCGAUGCGACUCCAUGAGUAGCUACUUUAAAGAUACUCUGGUGAGCAGCGGUUCUGGAGCAAUGAGGGAGAGAAUUCAAAUUGCUGGAAAGCACGUGCUGAGCGUGGAUAUGUUCAGCAAGGAACAUCUGAACGAAAUAUUCAAUGUGGCGACAACGAUGAGGGGAAGAGUGCAGAAGGACCGGCCGCUGGAUGAUUUGCUGAGGGGAAAGGUGAUGGCAUCGGUGUUCUAUGAGGUUAGCACACGAACCUGUUGCAGCUUUGCUGCUGCCAUGCAGAGGCUAGGAGGACGCGUUAUCUACAUGGACGAGACGAGCUCGUCGGUGAAGAAGGGCGAAACGCUGGAGGAUAGCAUUCAGGUCAUGUCCGGGUACGCGGAUGUGGUGGUGCUUAGGCAUCCGGAGCCAGGCGCAGUAUCGCGCGCCGCCCACCACUGUCGCAAACCGUUGAUUAACGCUGGUGACGGAAUCGGGGAACAUCCAACGCAGGCGCUGCUGGAUAUCUUCACGAUUCGCGAGGAGAUCGGUACCGUGAAUGGGCUGACGAUUGCCAUGGUCGGUGAUUUGAAGCACGGCCGUACGGUGCAUUCGCUGGCACGACUGCUAACACUGUACAACGUCAAUUUGUACUACGUCUGUCCGGAGAACUUGGGCAUGCCAAAGGACGUUGUUCACUUUGUCAAUUCAAAGGGAAUUCAUCAAUGGUCUUGCAACGCUCUGGAGGAAGUGAUCGAUAAAGUGGACGUUCUCUAUAUGACGAGAAUUCAGAGGGAGCGGUUCGGAUCCGAGGAGGAGUACAAAGCGAGCUGCGGUCGCUUGGUGCUGACUCCGCAGAUCAUGACCCGUGCCAAACGUCGUAUGAUUGUCAUGCAUCCGCUGCCCCGUGUCUUCGAGAUCAGCAAGGAAAUCGACAUCGAUCCGAGGGCUGCCUACUUCCGUCAGGCUGAGUACGGUAUGUACGUCCGGAUGGCACUGUUGGCCAUGGUCCUCGGUAAGUGUUAGAAUAAGGGAC